GUCCACGAGAGAUUUUUUUGAAUUUACAAAUUCAACCGUAUAAGCAAAUUCUUGUACAUGAUCAACCCAUGUUUACGGGCAGUAAUCUCAACACAUUGUAUGUUCAGUGUGCUGUCCUCAACCAGGCAAACCGACAGAAUAAGCUAACAGUCUUACGGACAAAAAACUAAGAAAAACCAAAAUAUAAAGACUAACUCUUUGUCAACCCAACCGUUGAUAGCAUUCAUGUAUCCUUUUCUUCCUAAUAUAAACAACACACUUUUUUCGCAACCCCCGAGAAGGUUGCAGAGUACUCCUUCCCUUCCUUUCUUCCUGCCUGCGCUAAUCAAGCCCUAAAGCCAUUGGAUAUGUGGUAUGUAGAUGUUAGAUUAGAUAGGUAAGUGAAUGAAUGCAUAGAAUGAUAAAUGAGGAAAUUUUUUUAAGUUUCCAUGGAGAGGCAGAGGUCUUAGCCGUCCCUACAAUUUCCGGUGUGGAGUAUUAGCCAAAAAAAAAACCUCAAAUUAAGCAAACGAGGCAGUGGAGUUCAUCUUUAUAUACCUGUGUCGUUUGUGAAAGAGGGUUUCUUGCCUAAGUUCCCUUGUGGGUCGUCUUCCUCCUGUUAAGUUGGUUUGAUGUCUGGCUUCUUGAAGGGAAGGCUGUACCCCCACAUUCGUGGAAUCUAAAUAGACAGCGGACUGUGCAGGGAGGCUUUCCCGGCAAAAUACCCAGUUCUUGAAGAAAGCUCUGAACUUUGGUUCUUUCAGCUGGGAAUUCUUUAACAAAAAUUAAAAAAGGGGAUUCUUUGCAGCGGAAAUGGGCUGCAGGCAGGCACUGGGAUUGAGAAUGCUAAUGCUCUUGGUAGGAGUGCUUAUGGGCUGCUUCUGCUGUCUUGGUCGGGACAUAGCUGAUGCAGAUUCUUCGGUGUAUAUUGUAACUCUGAAACAAGCUCCCACUUCUCGUUACAACGGCGAGCUCAGAGUUAAGCAGACUCGCCAUAUCAAACGUAAUGGGUCUGACAGAAUGGCUACUCUGGAUAAUCCGAGUAAUAUAUCAAGGACAAGCAGGAGUCAUGGCUCAUACAUAGACAACAUACAUGAUUCUCUGUUGGAAACAACUUUAAGUGGUGAAAAAUAUCUGAAGCUGUACAGCUACCGGUAUUUAAUCAAUGGAUUUGCGGUGUUCGCCACUGCACAGCAGGUAGAGAAGCUAUGGAGGAGAAGUGAGGUGUCAAAUGUGGUAUUGGAUUUUCCAGUCGAAACUGCUACUACUCACACACCACAGUUUCUUGGCCUGCCGGAAGGAGCAUGGGCACAAGAGGGUGGAUAUGGCAGCGCAGGGGAAGGGAUUGUGAUUGGCUUUGUCGACACUGGAAUUGAUCCCUCGCACCCAAGCUUCUCUGAUAAUACACCUGCGAAGCCUUAUCCAGUUCCAGAGCAUUUUUCCGGGAUUUGUGAAGUAACACCAGACUUUCCAUCUGGAUCUUGCAACAGAAAGCUCGUUGGAGCGCGCCAUUUUGCAGCAUCUGCUAUUACCAGAGGAGUAUUUAAUGCCUCGAAAGACUUUGCUUCCCCGUAUGAUGUUGAUGGCCAUGGAACGCACACAGCUGCAGUUGCGGCAGGAAACCACGGAGUUCCGGUUGUUGUAGCUGGGCAUCUCUUUGGAAAUGCCAGCGGAAUGGCCCCACAUGCGCACAUUGCUGUUUAUAAGGCUUUGUUCAAAAGUUUCGGAGGCUUUGCCGCAGACGUGGUUGCUUCUAUAGAUCAGGCUGCCCAGGAUGGAGUGGAUGUAAUAAGCCUGUCCAUAACUCCAAACCGUCGUCCUCUUGGCGUUGCCACUUUCUUUAAUCCUAUAGAUAUGGCUCUAUUAUCUGCAGUCAAGGCUGGUAUUUUCGUAGUCCAGGCAGCCGGGAAUACUGGACCAGCACCUAGGAGCAUCUCCUCCUUUAGUCCAUGGAUUUUCACUGUCGGCGCAGCCUCACAUGAUAGAAUCUACAGUAACUCUAUAAUGCUGGGCAACAACAUCACCAUUACAGGAGUUGGACUUGCCCCUGGAACCGAUAAAAUGCAUAGACUGGUUUCGGCUAUCCAUGCAUUGAAUAAUACUGCAGCUAUGAAAGAUACGAAUGCAAAUGAAUGCCAAGAUGCGCGAACUUACAAUCAGGAUGUUGUUCGAGGGAAUCUCUUGAUCUGUAGCUACACCCUCCGUUAUGUAAUCGGAGUUUCCACUAUCAAACAGGCUCUACAAACUGCUGAAAACUUGAGUGCAUCCGGGGUUGUGUUUUGCAUGGAUUCUUAUGUCAUUGGUUCUCAGCUUAAUCCGAUUCCAAUGAGGAUUCCGGGCAUUGUAAUAACAUCACAGGAGGAUUCCAAAGUUUUACUUCAGUAUUACAACUCUUCUUUAGUGAUAGAUCAAACUACUAACAAAAUAGUCAAGUUUGGGGGAACCGCGCUUAUAUCUGGUGGAAUAAAAGCAAAUUUCAGCCGUGCCGCCCCAAGGAUAAUGUACUACUCUGCUAGAGGACCUGAUCCAGAAGAUGGCUUCCUAACUGCCGACAUAUUGAAGCCCAACAUUGUUGCCCCUGGAAAUUUCAUAUGGUCUGCUUGGAGUUCCCAUGGCACUGAUUCAGUUGAAUUUCUAGGGGAGGACUUUGCAAUGAUGUCUGGAACAAGCAUGGCGGCUCCUCACAUUGCGGGGCUUGCAGCAUUAAUAAAGCAGAGGUUUCCCUCUUUCACUCCAGCAGCUAUCGGAUCAGCACUUUCUACAACAGCUUCUAUUAAUGAUAGAGAUGGCGGGCCUAUCAUGGCGCAGCGCUCUUUUGCUAACCCCGAUUUAAACCAAUCGCCUGCCACUUUCUUUGAUAUGGGCAGUGGAUUUGUUAAUGCUACUGCAGCAUUAGAUCCUGGUCUUGUUUUGGAUUCAAGUUAUGAAGAUUACAUGGCGUUCCUAUGCAGCAUCAACGGGUCAUCACCAUUAGUCCUGAAUUACACAGGCGAAAGCUGUGGAGCUUCAACGUUGAAUGGGAUUGAUCUGAACCUGCCUUCAAUCACAUUGUCGAAGCUUAACCAGUCUGCCAUUGUUCAACGAACCGUGACCAACAUUGGCUGCAAUGAGACAUACAGCGUUAGCUGGAGCGCUCCUGCCGGGGCUUUAGUUAAAGUGACACCAACACGGUUUUCCAUUGCGAGUGGGCAGAAACAGGUAUUGAGUGUAUUCUUAAACGCAUCUUCGAACAGCUCAGUUGCAAGCUUCGGACGAAUCAGGCUUUCGGGUACUCAAGGCCAUUUCAUCAACAUUCCUCUAUCCGUAAUCGCAGUUUCGUAUAGGAAGACCGGUGGCUGAAGUGAACAAUGAUUUUGAAUGCUGUGUGAUACAACAUCCAAUUUUUUGAUUGGUUAUUUUAUGUAAAUGCUUUUGAGAUGUAGAAGUAGCUGGUUGGGUUCGGUGAGAGGCAUGAGUCUUGAUUCUCUACGAUGUAAAGCUUGCUUUAUAGUUUUUG